AUGGCGAAGCACUGGCAUUUGCGAAGUCGAAAGGUCUCGAAGCGACUGAUCCGCAGGACAUCACCUCGAAGAAGGCAGAGACGCCAACGGCCAACCGGAAGAGAGAACGCACGGUGGCGACGACUCGGGGAUCCCAACCCCUCCCUCGUCGCUCGAGGUCGGUUUCCGACGACGGAACGAGUCCCGCUCUUCUCGGCGGACGAGACUGACGACGUCGCGCUCGGCAUCGCAGGGAAAAUUGCUGCUGGCGAUUCCUGUGCCGCGACCGAAGCCAGAGGAGACCUGCGACGCGAACGGAGCGGGAGACGCUUCUGUCGGCGGUGA